AUGGCUAAGCAAUUAAGUGAACAAGAAAUAUCUGAUUUAGCGAAUUGUGAUAGUAGUGACGAGAGUGGUGAUGACUUCUCUUCUACAGAUGAAGACGAAUUUAGUGGUGCUCCAGAUACGUUUAACUCAGAACUUCAGCCGAGUUCAGAAGAAAAUGUCCCUUUGGUAGGAGAACACGAGAGUAAUGAAUUGAUAGAUAUACCCUGGGAAAUUUCAGACUUCCAGUUUUUAGGUCCUGAGCCAGGCAAAUCAGAAGGUCAGGAAGGUGGGCAAACUACAAAAAUUGUAACAGAUUUAUUAGAUGAUUACUUGAAUAAAGGCUACAAGGUAUAUACAGAUAACUAUUAUAACUCCGUUGAGUUGACAAGAAAAAUGAGUGCAAAUGAAACUUACUUAUGCGGAACUUUGCAAUCAACCCGUAAGGGUAAUCCAAAAGUUGUGACAUCGGCAAAGCUGAAGAAAGGUGAGAUGAUUUGGAGAAGAAAGGGGGAAGUAGCUGUUUGCAAAUGGAAAGACAAACGCGAUGUUCUAACCAUUUCAAAUAUGCACAAUCCUGAAAUGAUAACUAUCAGAAAUCGCAGGAAUCAACUUAAACUAAAACCUAAUAUUGUUGUUGAUUACAAUAACGGAAUGGGAGGAGUAGACCACUCUGACCAAAUGAUUUCCUAUUAUGAGAGCAUGAAAAAAACCAAAUACUGGUACAAAAAGUUCGCUAUUCACAUUUUUCAAAUGUUUAUACAUAAUGCUGCAAGAAUACAUAAUGGUCAAUCUGGAUUGAACAGAUCGGAGAGAAUACCUCUACUGAAUUUUACUGAAAAUGUUAUUAUCCACUUGUUAGGCCAAAAGUAUAUCGACUAUUCAGAAAGACCAGGGCAGUCCAAAGAGGUCAAUCAAAGUGGUCAAGUAUUACUUCAACAUUAUUUGGAAUAUAUACCACCUACAGAAAAGAAAAACAAGCCAACUAAACCUUGUGUUGUGUGUACCAAAAAUAAGACUCGCAAUGAAACAAGAAGGACCUACAAAAUCUACGAAUAUAUUCGUAGUCGGCACCAUGGUGAAAUCCCGCACUACGAGUUAUCUCGUAGCUGGCACGCAAAGGGUUAA